AUGAAACCAGUCACUCUUUCUUUCCUCCUAGGCCUCACCAGCCUUGCCAGCUUCGCCACGGCCCGCACUGACCUCGAAGGCUGCGUCUCCUCCAAAGUCAUAAUCGAGACUUGGUACGCCAGCUACCUCUGGUACGUCCCAGACACCGGCGAAAUCUGCUCAUUCCUCGACUGCGGCGGCGGCCGCGCUCCCCCAAAAACCACCCAACCCGGAUGUCCUCAAUACAGCGGAACCGAAACCCUGACUCCCGACUACAUCGAGGGCUAUGGACCCAAUGGCAAACAGGCUGCCUCUACAACCACCGUGGCAUCGACUGCAUCGUCAACUGAUAUUGUGCUCGCUUCCGCCACGCAGACUUCCGAGUCAUCGGACUCGUCUUCCGCAUCUUCUUCUUCAUCCGCGUCCCGCACUCAGGCUGAUGAUAGCAUGAUCACGGCUUCUCCUUCUGGUCUUGCCGCUCUCGCAACUUCUUUGAAGGUUUCCGCCUCCUCCGACGAGGCUAGUGGUUCUAGUUCCACUUCUGCUGCCGCGACCAGCUCGUCCGCUCCCAACGCUGCCGCUACACCUGCCUCUAAUGCGGCUGGUGUCGUGGCCGUGAUGGCUGCUAUGGUCGGGGCUAUGGUGCUGUAA